GGUUUCCACCCCUUUGCCGAUUAGUUUGAUAGCAGGAUAGCGAAGGACUGAAUUGGGAAUGGCUCCUCUCCCUUAGCCACACAAGUUAUAAAAUGAUAUAUCAGUGCGGGUUGUUAAUGUUACAGUUUAACGCAGGUUUGUUUUUUACCUCCACGGUCCACGGUUACUUCCUGGUGCCACAGAGAGAGGCAGUGCUGAGUUAAAGAGACAGAAAUACUGAUAGAAAUUCAGAUAGAAAAAAAUACUGAAGAGAAGAGAGUGGUUGGAGACGCGAUAGGAACAGUUGACUGGAUUCCCAGAAAUUGAAAACCCUCUCUCUCUCUUCUUAUUUAUAUGUAUUUUUGAUAUUUCUUCGUUGAAGCGAGUCGUUAUUCUUCGUUGGCUUGUGAACUAACAAACGGUUUGGAUGACGGUUGGCUGCGGCUAAAAGCGGAAUUGUAACGGGGAACAUAUUCCUCCCUCCGACGGAGAAGCCUCGCAGAGAUUUUUCCUUUUUUACUUUACAUUAGACUCAUUCCUGUGUCAUUUUACACCACAAUAUCAUCCCGGGUGUUAUUUUAUAUUUUUUACGAUUCCACAAGGAAGGGUUAGGGCGACGGAAGAUGGGUUGUUUGGGCAACAGCAAGACUGAAGAUCAACGCAUCGACGAAAAGGCACAACGAGAGGCUAAUAAAAAGAUAGAAAAACAGUUGCAAAAGGAAAGACAAGCGUAUAAAGCCACACACAGGCUCUUAUUACUGGGUGCGGGAGAGUCCGGAAAAAGCACCAUUGUGAAGCAGAUGAGGAUUCUACACGUCAACGGCUUCAACGCGGAAGAAAAGAAACAGAAAAUCCAAGAUAUUCGGAAAAACGUGAAGGAUGCCAUAGUGACUAUAGUGUCUGCGAUGAGCACUUUAAUACCCCCUGUCCCGCUAGCCAACCCAGAGGACCAAUUCAGAAUCGAAUACAUCAAAAGCAUAGCACCUCUCUCUGACUUUGACUAUUCACAGGAGUUCUUUGAUCACGCAAAGAAGCUGUGGGACGACGAAGGAGUGAAGGCAUGCUUUGAGAGGUCCAAUGAGUACCAGCUCAUCGACUGUGCACAAUAUUUCCUGGACAGAAUUGACUCUGUAAGACAGAAUGACUACACACCAACAGACCAGGACCUGCUACGCUGCCGAGUGUUAACUUCAGGGAUUUUCGAGACGAGGUUCCAAGUAGACAAAGUGAACUUCCACAUGUUUGAUGUUGGGGGCCAGAGAGAUGAAAGGAGAAAAUGGAUCCAGUGCUUUAAUGACGUCACUGCUAUCAUCUUCGUGGUGGCCAGCAGCAGCUACAACAUGGUAAUAAGGGAAGACAAUAACACCAACAGGCUACGGGAAGCCCUGGACCUCUUCCGCAGUAUUUGGAACAACAGAUGGUUACGCACUAUAUCGGUCAUAUUAUUCCUGAACAAGCAGGACAUGCUGGCUGAGAAAGUAUUAGCUGGAAAAUCCAAAAUUGAAGACUACUUCCCUGAAUAUGCUCGCUACACCAUACCAAAUGAAGGUUUGUGCCCCACUGAAAUACCAGAAGUACUAAUAGGGUUUCUCUUUACGUCGGUCAGUGUUAACUGUGAAUCCCUUGUCCUUUUAGCAACUCCUGAACCUGGUGAAGACCCAAGAGUGACGAGAGCUAAGUUCUUCAUCCGAGACGAGUUUCUUCGGAUCAGCACUGCGAGUGGCGACGGCAGACACUACUGCUACCCUCACUUCACCUGCGCCGUGGACACAGAGAACAUCCGGCGGGUGUUCAAUGACUGCCGGGACAUCAUCCAGAGAAUGCACCUGCGGCAGUACGAACUCUUGUGAUGGGAGACCGCCUCCGUCAGCCUUCUGUGUUUUUCUCCACCAUUCUGCAUCCUUGACGAACCCUUCCUCCUCCAGCUCCUCCACCUCCACCUAACCCCUCACCCCUCCUCCCUCAAAGAAACCCUCAACAACCCUGACCACCCCUCCUGUCGAGGACUAUGAAGUACUACUGAAGUGUGUCAAAUCCUCUUCCUCUUCUUAACUUCUUAGCUUUUUGUACUUUUUUCUUUCUCUGAGACCGAUUCAUCCCCAUUUCACCGACGUGAAAGGAAGAUUGGGGAACAAAGUUGUUGCGUGCCGCUAUAUUUUUUUUUUUCUCUUCUUUUACUUUUAAUCCUUCCUUUUGAAAGCCUUGAUUUUUGUCAUUCCACUAAGCCUUGGGCUACCUCCUUUGUUUUUGCCCCCUUGUGUCUGUCUGUCUUUUGGCUUUGACAUUGGACCUGGACUGGUGGGUGUGGAUACAUAAAAACACACCUACAGGACCUCACUGUAGAGGCAGUGUGCGUGCGUGUGUUUGUAUGUAAUGAAGAGACGGAGGAUUGCCAUAUAAGCGCGCAUGUGUGUGUUCAUGUUUGUGUGUCACCUGCUGGUUUAAAGCUGGCAUCACCACCAUGACCCUUACCCUCCCCCACCUACCCUUUCUUUUCUUUUUUUCUUUUUUUUUAAAUUUUGCCCCGUCACCCCCUCCGGCCUGCUUCUUCUCUCCGCGUGGAAGACGACUGGACGGCGACAAAACCCGGAGAGCAACGGGAGUGGAUGCAGGGGAACCGAGUGGAUGAAGAGAUAAAUGCACUUUGCAUCAGGUUCCUUAAUAACUUUUUUUGUUGUUGUUGUUGCUGUUGUUGCUGUUGUUGUUGUUGUUGUUGUUGUUGUUGUUUUUUCUCCAGAGGAAGCAUACACACAAUGUAGCAUCACAAUAUUUAUUGCCCUGUCACGAUGUUAGCUUGCCGAGCUGCAGGGUGCACCGAGCAGCCGAGAGACAUGUGGAGCGAAAGAUUAAAGUGGGAAGGGGCAGGAAAUAUAUGACGACAUGAAGACUGAUUUAAAUGAAGGAAAAGGGACUGAGCUCUCCGCACCUUAGCCCUGAUGCCUCCACGGACUCGGACCUGCCUCCUUUUUCCACACAAACCAUCCUUUUAGCUUAGAGAUACUGAUGGGAGGGGAGGGGAGGGGAGGGGGGUGGUGGGGGGGAGAAAAAUGUAUUGUUCUCUUUUUUUGUUAACUUGUACACUGUGCAAGGUUGAAUUAUCCUGUACAGACUGUAAAAUGUAAUAUUAUUUUGUACAACUUAAUUGAAAGAAAAACAAAUCUACUUGUAGAUCUUUGUGCCUUGAUUAUGGCUGUACCUGUAAAUGAGCUCAGAUGUAAGUAUGUUUUCGACUGCGCUGUACAGCUUGAUGUCAAUCUCUAUCAGCAGCAGAAGACUGCGGGUAGGGGACUUUCUCUGUAGAGUUUAGUUUUUUCUGGUUUAUAAAAAAAAAAGGAAAUGCUGUUUAGUAAAAAAUAAAAAAUAGGGAAAAAAUCCUAAAAACCUGUAUACAUUAUGCAAAUUAACCACUUACCUGCAGUGAAGACCAGAUGUUGCAGCGCCAUGCCUUUUUUUUUUUUUUUUUCUUUUGUUGUUUUUAUUUUUUCCUCCUUUUUAUUUUUAUUUCUUUUGAACUUCACAGCUUUAAACAAACAUUGGAAAUCCAUUGAAAGUGUCCAAAUUGCAACCUGGUGUUGUUUUAAUAGGAACCAACGUUUUUUCAAUAUGAAGUGUGUCUGAGAUCUGUACUGAUGUGCGUGCCUGUGCGCAUGUGUACAUAAAACAAACAUAGACUCGCAGACGCAUUGUGUGUGUGUGUGUGUGUGUGUGUGUGUGUGUGUGUGUGAGGGAGAGUGUGAGUGUGAGUGUGCGCUGUGUGUAAAAUUUUAUAAAUGUAUGUACAUGUAAAUUUAUAGGUCUAUAUAAAUAUAUAUGUACACUUAUACAUGUUUAAUUAUGUGUGUGCCUAGGUGUACAUACCUAUGUAUGUAUACGGUAAAUAUGUAUACAUACACACAUAGGAAAGCAUGUUUAGAAUGGAGAUGAAUAAAUGAGAGCGUGCAAUAUUAGUAAUUCUUUGGUCCUUUGGAGCCAUACCCAAUGGCACAGGCACUAUGAAUGUGUGAGCAGCACCCAACAAGACAAGCUCUUCUCCUUGUACAAACAGCAUCAGCCUUUUCUUCUGCUACAGUACACGUCUAUCCCCAAAAGCGAGUGAACUGACUGGAGGUGCAAAAACCUUGUUUGGCCUGGGAGGAUGAUUAAAUGACAUUUUUAUUUUCUUUAAAUAAAGAGGCACAUUAGAGGACUUUGCUUUAUUUCCA